AUUGGUGAGUUGGUGGGGCACUCCUCAGCAAGAUGGCUGCAUUGCUGCGCGCAAUAGUGGCAUCCUGGUGAAAUGACGCAAGCCACAGUUUACGUUCAGUCCUCGAGGCUCUGAGCUCUCCGGUCUCCACAGCGCAGAUCCCGCCCGACUCACAGCCGGAAGACCGACCGGCUAUCCUCCAGUGGAUCGAGCGGAACCGGUUCAUCUGAGUGAGAGUGCGAUGAGGAGAGGUUUCAGAGUGUGAGGCCAUGGGCUGCACCUCGGCCAAGCAGGUGUCGGCCGUGCCCAACGAUGAAGAGGGACGCGGCAAGGCCUACAGCAACGGAGACCUCUUCACCGACGAAUACAAGAUGAAGGGAGUGGAGGAGGUGAAGUACAUGAGAGGGGAUGAAAACCGGGUGAAUGCACGCAACCAGGAGAACCUGGAGAAGAGUAAUGUGCAGUACAGGGGCAAACAGCAGAAAGAGGUCUCUUCAGCAAACAUCAAGUCUAAUAUUCACACGUCAGAGAGCCAGCAGGAAUUUUUCAGGAUGCUAGAUGAGAAGAUUGAGAAGGGGCGAGACUACUGUUCAGAGGAGGAGAUGGGUGAAGACGGGACAUAGCACAGAGGCCCCCAAGAUUCACCCCCACAGUGUGUGUGUGCGUGUGUGUGUGCGUGUGUGUGUGUGUGUGUGUGUGUGUGUGUGUGUGUGUGUGUGUGUGUGUGUGUGUGUGUGUGUGUGUGUGUGUGUGUGUGUGUGUGUGUGUGUGUGUAUGUUGAAUCAGUGUUUCACCAAUGGGGCGUUAAGGGACACUGUAUGUGUUGGUAUGAGCAUGCGUGUGUUUUUGAAUGUAUGGCAAAGAUAGUAUUUUAAUCGAAAGUGAAAGAGUGGGGGAUAAAUGUGAGACAGAGAAAGAGAGAAUGGGAUGAAGAAGACUUUCUUCAGCGACUACAGCCGUCCUCUCUUAGCGCCUCAUCCCUUCAGGCCCCUGAGCGGACAGAUGGAGGUGGCGGAGCAAUGAAGGGACAGACAGAUGAAAGGAGGGAGAGAUGGAGGAGGACAUGACGAAAAGGACACAGUCAGGCCAAACAGUAAUUUCCUCAAGCAGGACAGCAGCAGCUCCUCAUCCUUCCAUCUGUCCCUCCGUAUCUGUCCGUCUGUACCUCCGUAGUCCGAUCCUGAAUAUUUAAGCCCUGCAAAUGGACAAAGGAAGUGAGGACAAAUGUCUUUGGUGGGUGUGUGGAGGACUGAGAGACACAUAAGUCAAGAAGAAAGGAAGCCCUGAGAAGAAAAUAUGUUUAAAAGCAGAGGAGUUGCGUAACAACACCAGGAUCCACACAGAACUUUUUUGGCCUGCCUACCUACAGCCAGGCCAGCCUGGGCCAUGACGAACUGAGAGAAUGGGUGAGGGAAGAGAGAGUGUAAAAUUUGUGAUAUUUUAAUAAGAGAGAGUAGGGAGCGAGCCGGUGAUUUAGAAACUCAAAACUCCUCCUGCCUUCUGAAGUCAAGGACCUUUUUUUUUUAUUAUUGUGUUCCGCUGCCACUUGUUCAGUUAUUUUUCCCCUUUCUGAUUUUUUUUUUUUUUUUUUUUUUCUUUACUCUUGGCUUCCUUCGCAGUGUUUCUUCAUCAACAUCAUCAUCAUCAUCAUCAUCAUCAUCGUCAUCAAUUCCCUUAUCCUCCUCACCACAGCAGGCACACUAACGCUGUGUUAAUUCAGAGCAUCUGUGUCUCAACCCAAUCCAUCCUCCUUAAUAUACCAUAACACUGCAGAUCCUAGCUGACACACACACACACACACACACACACACACACACACCAUGGAGUCUUUUAUUGUACAUAUCCUAGCACACUCUCAUUCCAACACUCAGCAUGUACAUAUAAACCACACACACAGAUAUCCCUUUCAUUUCACCAGCAGACUAUCGUGUGCAUCAAUCAGAGGUAUUCUGUAAAGCUCUAUUUCUGCUUUGAUUCAGUUUCCGACACAUCCAUACACACUCUGGCACUGAAGCAGAAAUUUGGGCUGAGCUCAAGUAGAGGAUGGGGUGGUUGCCGUGUAGACACAGACUGGAUCACAUUUUCUGUUGUCAUCUUUACCGGAUACUUCCUUGUUGUAUUAUUUUGAAUACUUUUUUUCUAUUAAAAAUAAAAACGAAGAAGCGCUUAA